AAUUGCUGCAAUGUUUGUUGCAUACGUGUUGCAUAACGAAAUAGAAUAUAAACAACGGAGUUAAUCGAGAGGGCAGCAAAUAACAAAAAUCGCGCGACGACGACAGCAUUACUAUUAUUAUUAUUAUAUAUAAUUAUAUCGUGUGGAAUUUUGCUAUUUCAUUUGAAAGCGGCGAUGAGCGAAAACAUGCACAGCAGCGAUAUCUUCAAUCUGGCGGACGCCGCGAGGGGUGAAGCGAAUCAGAUCUUCUCCAUAGGCGGAUCACCGUCGUUCCGCAUCAACAGGAGAGCGGAGACGAACAGCAGCGUCUUUCCGAGCGGAUGCAUGGGAAACGCGUCCGAGGAGACGCUGAAGAAGCGCAGGGAGGCGGCGAUGGGACCACCACCGCACCCGGACCAAGAGCCGCAGAUGUAUCACGCCCGUGGCGACGUCCACGGUGACGACGAGGAGGAGGAAGAGAAAGGCGCGCUCGGAGAGCCGACCAGAUCCGGGGAGGAAGAGGACGACGACGAUGAGGUCGAAAAGACGGGGGUCAGGUUGAAGCCGACGCAAUCGCUGAGCAACAUUCCGAGGAAUCCGUUAACAGGAGACGGCAUAGUGGAUGAGACGAAGAAGAGCGGAAAACGCGGCAUGCGCAACAAGAACGCCCAAUGGAUUUGGUGAAGAAGCAAAAUCCGAAGAUCUUUCUUUUCUAUUUCUAUGAUCGUUACUAUUUACUAUUUAAUAAAGUAUAA